AUGGAAGAAAUGAGAUCUUUGUUAGAUUCCCUUAUGGGAAAGGACAGAAAUGAAACUGAUUCAAAGAAAAAAUAUUCAUUUAAAGAUGAAAAUGUAUGCAAAUAUUAUUUAAUUGAUUUUUGCCCUCAUGACCUUUUUCCCAACACCAAGAGUGAUAUAGGAAGGUGCAAAAAUAUACAUUCAGAUAUAUUAAAAGAACAAUUGGAAAAACAUGAAGAUUAUAAAUAUUAUUUAGCUAAAUAUCAGCAGAUGUUUAUGAAAACGUUGGAAAGGAUUAUAGAUGUUGCUGAUAUGAAAAUAGAAAAGACUAAAGAAAAAUUAAAACAUAUGUCAAAUACUCCAAAUAAUACUUCUGAUAAGAAAACAAAAAUUGAAAGUAUAAAUAGUCACAUAUGUGAUUUGCUAAAGCAAUCUGAAGAAGCCGGGGAAAAGGGAGAUUUAAAUAAGGCUACUAGUUUUAAUAAUCAAAUCACCAUGCUUCAGGAAGAAAUUAAGAGGUUAACAGAAGAAAUGCAGAAAUCAAACGAUGGAAAUUUAAAGGUUUGUGAAAUAUGUGGAGCUAUGCAAGCUGUUGGAGAUAUGGUACAACGUUUUGAAAACCACAUAAAUGGAAAACAACAUUUAGGUUUCGAUAAAAUAAGAAAUACGUUCAAUAAACUAAAAGAAGAAACAAAGGAAAGAGAGGAAAUUAUAGAAAAAUAUAGGAAAACAAGACACCAUAGUAGUGAUAAUCGUCAUUCAAAAAGAGAUAGACAUCAUCAUAGAGAUUAUUAUGAGAGAAGAAGUUCAAGACAUAAGAAGUCAUCCGAAAGAUAUCAUAGAAAUCAUCAUUCAAAUAAAAGAUCAAGAAAGAGGUCACAUUCAGAUAGAAGUAAAUCAAGUAGUGUUCAUCAUUCAAAUAAGAAAUCAAGAAAAAGAUCACAUUCAGAUAGAAGUAAAUCAAGUAGUGUUCAUAAUUCAAAUGAGAGACAUAAGAGACGUUCAGUCAAAUAUGAUAUAGAAGAUAAUUAA